GCCAAGCGGGCGGCCGAGGAGCGGAAGCUGGAGGACCAGAAGCAGAACUCGCAGCAGUUCACCGGCAAGGGCAAGGGCAACUCCACCCCCAAGUCUGGCAAGAGCAAGCCAGGUCAUGCUCAGCUAGACGGGCUCAUGGCGGUCAUCCUUCACCUUAGAGGCUACGCCAUCGUGGCCAUAGUGUUUUACGCGCACCCGAGCAUAGGCUUCAACGGCCCCGGAUCCGCCUCCCACGGUUCGUGGCGGGCGGCUCCAACAUCUGCCGGAGUCCUAUGCAAGUCUACCUCCUUCUCGAAGCUGGCA